GGCCGGCGUUCCGAGACAUGAAGGCGCAAUUCAGCAGUGCAAGACCAGACAUCACCGACACCUGGGUGGAGAACGGCAACUGCUUGAGUUUCGCUGGUGUCGUCUGCGACGGCCUUGGCUUCCCGACAGUAUUAGACUUAUCAUCCAAACGACUAACAGGCUCCCUUCCCGAGACCUUUGGCGCCCUCGUCAAUCUUCAAUACGUGUAUCUUAGCGACAACCAAUUGGAAGGGCCGAUCCCAAAAUCAAUCUCCCAAAUGACUUCACUAUCCUUACU